GUCUCGUCCACCCAUGUCGUCCGCAAAUUAAGGGCGACCGAGAGUCAAGGCCACGACCGUCGCGACAUUAUACUCGCACAUUCGGGAUACCGAGUGUUAUUUUUCCAGCGCGGCCUCCUCCGUCAGUCCGCUCGUUACUUACGAAGCCGCACCCCCGAUUCCCGAUUCGUUCGACAGGAGACCAUCUAAUCUUGCGCCUUCCACCCGUUCAAGCGACAGAAGCGAUCACCCACCCCGAACGACACCGAGAACGACUACAUGGCCUUCCUCCCACCGACUGCGACCGUUUCACAAUUUCUUCAAGCCCCGUCCGCACCGGGCCGUAAACCGCUCAACCGCCCGCGAGACGCCGUCGACGACUUUCUCUCCUCCGACCUUGAAAUGUCCUUCGCGUCCACCAUGUCUCUCCAUUCCUCGUCCUCGUCCCCUUGCGGCGAGGCCAUGGACAUUUCUCCCGCGCCGUCGAACAAGAUUGGCAAACCGCUGUUCGACGACGACGUGGUGGCGAAGAUGGCCGGCCGGCCGCGCUCGUUCACAAGCAACGGACGGCUGUUUGGUACGGACGUCUCCAACGGUGGCGUGAACCCACCCAACAACAACGACAAUGCGAAGAACAGCACGAACAACUCUAUCAGCAACCGCAAGCUCGCCCGACCCGGACUACCCACCGAAUGGUUCUCGCCUUCGCCAACCGGCAACCGUCUCCGCUCGCACACCUUCGCCGAGGGAAUCACCCCACCUACUCCGAGUGACUGCGGUAUGGACGUCGACUCCGAGUUCGGUUUCGAUCAGCCCGCGGUGCCGCUCUCCGCCGCGCCGACGAUUACCGCCUUCCAGGACCUCUCCUCGCCUGCGCCCGCGACGGCGCACCCGCUCGUCUCGCACUUCCGCGACCUCUCGUCGCCCAUGGCCCAGCGUGACUACGACGACGAUCAGCAACAGCAGCCCGGAAAGGGGUCUGACUUCGGCAACUUCUUCUACGAAAGCUCGUCUCCGCACUCGCACCGCCAACGCCGCAGCCUCGACUCCCCUGCAGGCCCCUUCGUCGCCCGAAAGCGCCGCUCGGCCUCGCCUGAGCCGGCGGAAUACGGCUCCGUCCUAGCAGGGCUCGACGCCGACGACCAUUCGUCCUCGCCCGCGCCCUCCUCACCGAUGCAGCGCAAGCUCGAGCGCAUCACGAGCAACCCGCUUUUGAACAAGUUCAUGCGCUCCGCCGUCGACAGCUCGCCCGAGGCGGCCUACCACCAGGACGACCUCGGCUCCCCGCUCAACCUCCUCCAGAAGCGCCCCCGCCGCCCUGCUCUCUCCGUCUUGUAUGACGGCCAAAGCGCGCACUCGGCCUACCCGAUGCUCAAGGCCGCCAGCGCGCACCCCGAGCUCCAGCAGCAGCCCCGCCGCCCAUCCGCCGCGCUCCCCCCGCCGCGUCGCGCCUUCUCCGCGAUGAUGCCCCCGACUGUCUUCGGCCAGCAGCAGCACCGCCUCGAGGAUAUCCCGGCCUCGCCCGCGGACGAGGCCAACUCGUCCUUCGGCGACGGCUCGUUCGGCGACAUGUCGAGCCCCGCGCAGGCGUACGCGAAGCGCGCGCAGAUGAAGACGAUCCGCCGUUGUGAUGGCACGGAGGACUUCCGGCCGCUUACGGGCGCGAGCGCGCUCGUCAGGCGCGACGAGCAGCAGCAGCACCAGGCCAUGAUGGCGAGCCCCGGCAGCCGGAUGCUCAUGUCGCCCGGCCUGCCCGGGUUCGGCGACAACGAGGCGCACGGGAAGAUUCUGCCCUGCCACCGCGUCAAGGAGGAUGGUUUGAUGCGGAUCGUACCCCAGACGCUGAACGAUUUGCUCGAUGGACGGUACGACGCGCGCGUGGCAAGGUUCUUCGUGAUCGACUGCCGGUUCGACUACGAGUACGAGGGUGGACACGUGCCCGGCGCGGUGAACAUCAAUACGACGGCUGGCGUCGAGGAAUUUUUACUCGCGCAGGCCAAAGCGAAGCCGUCGCCGUGCACGAGCGGGGAUACCUCGAAGAAGACGGUGCUCGUGUUCCACUGCGAGUUCAGCGCGAAGCGUGCGCCGACAUUUGCAAAGCACCUGCGUUCGAAGGACCGGGCGAUGAAUAACCACAACUACCCCAAGAUCCACUACCCGGAGGUAUACAUCCUCGAGGGCGGCUACUGCGAGUACUACAAGCAGAUGGCGCACCGCUGCCAGCCGAGCGGUUACGUGCGCAUGGAUGAUCCCUCCCACGCCCAGUCGCGCAAGGAGGACCUCGACCAGUUCCGCAAGGCCAAGUUUGGCCGGACCAAGUCGUACGCGUACGGCGACUCGCUCCUCGCGUCCAAGGCUCUCACCUCCGGGGCAGCGCCGGCGAAGGUCGGGUCCGGGAAGGAGAAGAGGAACACGGCGCCAGCGGGCGGUGCGCCGAGCGUGUUCGCGGCGGCGAAUGUGGCGCGGACGAGGAGGGGAGGCGCGCUGGCGACGCUCGCGGAGACGGCCGGCGGUCUGGACGGCGGCGAGACGACGGAGACGGAGGACGAGACCGAUUUUGGGGAUAGUCCGUGCCCUGCGCCUGGCAAGAACGCAGGCGUACCCUUCGUGGUCAAGAAGGCCGGCAGAGCGCCAUUGUUGCGCGCGGAGACGGCGGGGCGGUUCGGCUAUUAACCUCCGUGGCGGUUUCCUCAAACGAAUCCCCAUCGGCACCAGGCGUGUCCUAACGACAUCCACGCAACGCUAUUGACAAUCUAUCGACGAUUUCAACGAAAGCAAUAUCCAUCGGUAUACCUCCGCGCCAAGCACGACACCGCCCCGACUGCUACGUUUUCUCCGCUUCCCUCUCGCCUCAUUGCCAAAGGUUCGGUUCGGGAUAUCUAAAUCAUCCCUAUCACCAGCCGCGAUCGCUCCUUACGGUCUCUCUCGCGCUUCGUCAUCAAGAAACAGGUUCGUCCUCGCCCAACGCAACCAGCAAAUAAACGAAACUAUCCUAUCUCAUCACUCUGUCUCGUCCGUCCCCCUUCGAAACUGUCUACCCCGGCCCAGAUUUUCCUCAUUCCUCUCUCCUCAUCGCGAGCUACGCGCUCCGCAAACAACCACGCUCCCGCUUCAAGCUCAAGUCUGCAUCAUCUCAUCAACACCAUAUAUGCCCUCAAGGGGCACUCGAUCGAUCACUGCCAGCCUGUAUAAGCAGCACAUCAAGCCGAAUGUCUUCAUAUAUGCAUCAAGGUAUCCUCAACAUAACAAAUACAAGACAAGGACACAAGAACAUCACCCCCCGGACCUGCCAUCGUUCCCCCACCAGACUUGCAUUUCCACCAUCUCAUUGCCUAUUUUUUCUUUUUUUUUCGCACCAGCCACCGUCUCUGUUCUCUCUUCGCCCAUUAGUUCCGGUUCUAUCUAUCGCCUGCGCCUGUUUCUUUAAUC